CAAUUUAGUUAUCACGAAAUGGGGACUAGAGACCUACCAGCUAUGAUCGAUUAUGUACUUAAUUACACAAAACAAGAAACUUUACGCUAUAUCGGCCAUUCGAUGGGAACAACCGCAUUAUUUAUUUUAUUAUCUAUGAGACCCGAAUACAAUGCAAAAAUAGAAUUGGGAAUCUGCCUUGCUCCAAUUGCCAUUUGGAAAGAAGUGUAUCCUUCACAAGUAUUUAAAUAUGUUGGUAAUGAAGAUAUUAAGACAUUAUUACCGGAAAUGUCUUUGUAUAUUCCGGGUGGAUGUUCCAUGCAAACGCUACAUCAUUAUUACCAAAAUAUUAUUACAGAGAAAUUUCAAGCUUACGACUAUGGAUAUGUCGGCAAUUACAAACAAUAUGGGCAGAUAACACCUAUAAUGUACGAUCUAACAAAAAUUACUGCACGCUUGGCUUUAUUUUACGGCGCUAAUGAUUUUUUUACUUCAAAAUCG